GAAUCAGAUAGUCGGGAGAGAAACCUGCACCUUAGAUAUCAAGAUUAAAAAAUCCUCAUACUGAAAAGUAAAGAUGCCUGUGUAUAACGAGCUCCGUCUGGAGCAACAGCUUUGUGACGCGGUGAUCAGAGUGGACAAGGUUGAAUUUCACGUGCACAAGAUCAUCCUCUGCAACUGCAGCUCAUACUUCAAUUUUGCUUCCUUCCUGCCUCACAGAGCGCUCUUCACUCACUGGUCAAACUCAGGCAGUCGGGACUUUGACAUCCCCAAUGUGUCAGUUGACAUGAUGAAGCUCAUCAUUGACUUUGCCUACACUGACUCUGUUCCUGUAACGCAAGACAAUGUACAAGAGCUUUUUGUAGCAGCAGACCAGUUCAAUAUAAUGGGCAUCGUACAAGUCUGCUGCUCCUUUCUGGAGGAGCAGCUGACCCCCCAGAACUGCAUCGGCAUCUGGUGGUUCACAGGCGUCUAUUACACCCCUGAAAUGAACCACAAGGCCUUCCUUUUCAUGCUGAAUCACUUUGAGGAGGUUGCUGCCACCUCAGAAGACUUCCUGCUGCUCUCUGCGCAGGAUCUUGUUAAAAUCAUUGAUAAGGACCAACUCAAUGUGAAGCAGGAGGAAACAGUGUUUGAGGCCAUCCUUCGCUGGAUCGCCCAUGCAAGUGAGGAACGCAGAGAUUACAUCCCUCUGCUUUUGACUAACGUCAGGCUGGCUUUAAUGAGUCCAGGAUACUUGAAAGGCUGUGUGAGCAACAACGAACUGGCGAGGGCAAGCGAAGAGUGUCGACUCAUUCUCAACAGAACCCUGCAAGCCAUGCUUGACCAACAAACAAAGAGGUUCUCUGGCUUGGUCCGCCCACGACUGCCCACUGCCAUUCUGUUUGCCGUUGGAGGCUGGAGCGGCCGCAGUCCCACCAAUGCCAUUGAGGCGUACGAUGUCCGUGCUGACCGCUGGGUAAAUGUAACAAACAAUGAGGAGGCUCCCCGGGCCUACCACGGCUUGGUUUUCCUCGAUGGAUCAGUUUACUGUGUCGGUGGCUUUGACAGAGUUGAGCUAAACUCUGUGCACAGGUUUGACCUGGGCACGCACACCUGGCAUGAGGUGUCACAAAUGCACGUAAGCCGCUGCUAUGUCAGCGUAACUGUGUUGGACGGGUGCAUAUAUGCCUUGGGAGGUUAUGAUGGACGUGAGCAACUCAGAACUGCUGAGCGCUAUCAGCCCGGAAUCAACCAAUGGACUUUUAUUGCCACCAUGCAUGAGCAGAGGAGCGGCGCCAGCUGCACAACCCUCCAUGGCAAGGUGUACAUUUGCGGUGGCGUCACUUGGAGCGAGUGCCUGUCAUCAGCUGAAUGUUACAACCCAGAGACCGACCAGUGGACACUGAUCGCCUCCAUGGGCAACAGGCGCAGUGGAAUUGGGGUCAUCGCCUAUGCAGACCAUGUCUUUGCAGUUGGCGGUUUCAGUGGAACCAGCUUUCUGCAGACUGCUGAGAAGUACAACCCGCACACUAACACCUGGGACGAUGUGCCCUCCAUGCUGAGCUCCCGCAGUAACUUCGGCAUCGCAGUGAUCGAUGACCGUCUCUUUGUGGUCGGGGGCUUCAACGGCUUAACCACCACCCAUGAUGUUGAGUGCUUUGAUGUCAAAACUGGUGUGUGGUCUAAGGUGCAUGACAUGGCGGUCUCCCGCAGCACCCCGAGUUGCUGCGUGGUGUACGGACUCCCCAACUUGGCUGAGUACGCUGCCCGUCAUCACUGCCCACAACUGUCCAACGUGGAGGAGGAUGAAGUGGAAUGUUCCACCUGGCUAUGAGCUGUAUUGUUUUGUAAAUAAAUGUUAAUAAAUGUCUCUAUGAUCCACCUA